CUAAUUCCACCGUUAAUCCUUCCAUCCGUGCCCAAGUGCCUUUCCUCAUUCGAAUGUAAAAUAUCCAAGUUCACCAGAAAACACAGAUACGCGUCAAACUAGUGGCCACCACCACCGGCUGAGCGACUAAAGGAUCCAAGUUUUGCAGCAUUUUCGCCUGACGCACAUCUCUAACAACUCCUCCAAUGGCUGUACUAAACUACAUUUUGGUGACCUCAACGACAGCACCCAUAUCCCCAGACUCCUCAACAACGCCACAAAUUCCAAACCCAAGACAGAACAAAGCGAUACUGCCCAAAAAGAAGCCUUUGAAAUGGACCACUGGGGUAGCACCUGGGGAGUAUGGAGGUCCACCCACCACCUCUGGCAUCCGCAAGUACUGGGGAGGUGAAGAAGAAGACCCUUUAACCUCCGAUGAGUUUAUUUGGAACAAAGACUUCAUGGGUCGUAUGGAGAGAUUGAUUCAGGAAUCUGAUGUGUCCUCUCCUGAACCCUCCCCUGUUAAGGAAGAGUCCUCUGGAUUUCUAAGUUUAAACAGAGUCAUGAGUUUGGAUAACUUGGAAGUUGAUUUGAGUAAAGAGCUUACACAAACUCCAAAGCCGAUGUCAGGACUGCCAUUUGAGGCUGCAACCAAGGGCAGUAUUGGCAACUCUACAAAAUGGAGAUUGGUACCAACACGCCGUGAGCAGGAGAAGUGGGAUAAAGCAACUAAGGCUGCAACUGGGGGCAGUGAUGUGAUGUUGAGGGAAAUAAGGAGGCCUCAAGGUGAUCCUGAAUUAUUGGCUGCUCGAUCAAGGGAGCAGUAUUUCAAGUUGAAGAAGAAGUUGCAGAUUCUUACCUUGGGUAUAGGUGGUGUUGGAUUGGUCUCAGCAUAUAUCUCUUAUUCUCCGGAAAUUGCAGCUAGUUUUGGUGCUGGAUUGAUUGGAUCUUUAGUGUAUAUACGUAUGCUUGGGAGUACUGUUGAUUCCAUGGCAGAUGGAGCCAAGGGCCUUGUCAAAGGCGCAAUUGGGCAGCCAAGGCUGCUGGUUCCUGUUAUCUUAGUCAUGAUUUAUAACCGGUGGAAUGAGAUCCUUGUUCCAGAUUAUGGAUUUAUGGACUUAGAAUUGAUACCAAUGCUAGUGGGAUUUUUCACGUACAAGAUUGCAACUUUCGCUCAAGCUUUAGAGGAUGCACUUACUGCAACCGUUGAAAAGGAAAGUUUAAGAUGAACUUUCAUAUGCAGGGGUUAGCCCUUCUGACAUGGCUGCAGAAGUAUUUUAUUUCAGUUGCUGCUGCAUGCAUCAUGGCGUUUGUCUGCUAAUUUCAUUGGUGUCGCUUGAUUUGGCGAUGAAGUGGAAAAUGAUUGGCAGUGAGGAACGUGAUAAAAUUGCCAAUGUUAUAUGCUGGUAUCGAGAAAAAAUAUGAUAUGAUUUUAUGUAUUAUUUGCAUUUUCACAUGGAUCAGAGAAAUAAAAAUAUAAAAUCACAAAUCAAUCUUAACUUUAAACUGUAGUUUUAUUGUAUGUCAAUGUUUUAAUUCGAAUUUUCAAGAAAGCCUGUAAAGAAUGAUAGCUAUGGCUCCAUUUGUUUCA